UGUGAAGCUUGGAAUUUACGAUCCACAAAGUUCAAUCUGGUUAGGGGUAUCAUGGCAUCCACAGCUUCCUCCUCACAUUCGUGAGCACCCAUCCAAUAAAAAUCAAAGUAACAACAAAAGGCAAAGUGUUCUCUGAGUGCUAGUGCGUGUGUAUAUUGCCUUGGGAACUGUAGUCAGCAUAUGCCCCGGAUUGUGUGUUCAUACAUAUAUUGAAUGUGCGUGGUGGUAUAAAUAAAUUAGCCACAGAAAAUUGCUAACUAAAAAUGGACUAAAAGCAACGCAAGCAAUUAAGCUCAGAGUGAAUACAAAACGGAUAACUAAACUGACACAAUUCCAUUGGGACCUGUUGAACAAAAAUUUUCAACCAUGUACGGAAUGCUUUACGAGAGCGUUCAGCACUACGUGCAGGAAGAGUACGGAGUGGAGAUUUGGAAAAAAGUGUGUCACAUCAUUGACUGCAAGCACAACAGCUUCAAGACGCACCAGAUAUAUCCGGACAAGCUGAUGCCGGAUAUCGCCGAGGCUUUGUCCGCAUGCACGGGCGAGUCCUUUGACUUCUGCAUGAACUUCUUUGGCCGUUGUUUUGUCCGCUUUUUCAGUAACUUUGGGUACGACAAGAUGAUUCGAUCCACAGGUCGCUACUUCUGCGAUUUCCUGCAGUCCAUAGACAACAUCCAUCUGAUUAUGCGGUUUACUUACCCGAAGAUGAAGUCGCCCAGCAUGCAGCUGACUAAUAUGGAUGACAACGGAGCUGUUAUUCUCUAUAGGAGCAGUCGCACAGGCAUGUCCAAGUACCUCAUUGGUCAGAUGACCGAGGUUGCCCAGGAGUUUUACGGUCUAAAUAUAAAAGCUUACGUAAUCGAGAGCCAGAACGACAUCAGCGGGGGCACAGCUGGACCAAUCAAACUGACGGAAGGCCCACUGACCGUGAUCGUAAAGUACCGGCUCGACUUUGAUAACCGGGAGUAUAUGGCUAAGCGCGUCAAUACGGACGCCCAUCCUUCGCAGCUUAAGAUGCCUACUGUGAAACUGGACGUGUUUCUCGACCUCUUUCCCUUCACCUUUGUGCUAAACCACGACAUGAAAAUCACACAUGCCGGAGAGAAGAUCGUGGAGACGUGGAUCAUGCACAACCCCGGAGCUAAUCCGAAGGGUUUCAUCGGCACCCAUGUCAUGGACCUGUUCCACUGCCGUCGUCCGAAGGACACCACCAUCGACUGGGAUACCCUGAUCCAGAUGAGAGCGGUGCUCUUCGAGUUCGAGUUGAUCCGCACAGGCCACAACCGAGCCGCCUACGAUGCCGUUCUGAACAUGGACUUUGAGAACUACGACGAGAUGGACCUGAACGAAGCACAAACAAUGGCGCUGGCCAAGGCCAAGGAGUUCAACGAAGCGCACCCGGUGGAUGCUAACGAAGCUUCGGGGGAGGAUGAGAUCGAUCCAGCCACUGGAGAACGUCGAUCUUCCCAGGGCCUGCGGUCUAUCUUGUUGAAGGGUCAAAUGUUCUACAUCAAGGACGUGGACUCACUGAUCUUUCUAUGUAGCCCCCUAAUUGAAAAUCUGGAUGAGCUGCAUGGGAUUGGUCUGUACCUCAACGAUCUCAAUCCCCAUGGUCUCAGUCGAGAGUUGGUGAUGGCCGGAUGGCAGCACUGCUCCAAGCUGGAGAUCAUGUUCGAAAAGGAAGAGCAGCGAUCGGAUGAGCUGGAGAAGUCCCUUGAGUUGGCAGAUUCCUGGAAACGGCAGGGAGAUGAGCUCCUCUACUCCAUGAUACCUCGUCCCAUUGCUGAGAGGAUGCGUCUCAGCCAGGAGCAGGUGUGCCAGAGUUUCGAGGAAGUGUCUGUAAUCUUCCUCGAGGUGUUGAACGUUUAUAAUGAAGGCUUGAACAGCAUUCAGGGAGCCAUGCAGGCGGUGAACACCUUAAACAAGGUGUUUUCGGCCCUGGACGAGGAGAUCAUAUCCCCGUUCGUGUACAAAGUCGAGACCGUGGGCAUGGUUUACAUGGCAGUCUCAGGUGCUCCAGACGUGAAUCCCCUCCAUGCCGAGCACGCCUGUGACUUGGCCCUGCGUGUGAUGAAAAAGUUCAAGGCUCACGACAUGGAAGACGUGGCCAUUCGGGUUGGCAUCCAUUCGGGACCUGUGGUGGCCGGGGUGGUGGGCCAAAAGGUUCCCCGAUACUGCCUGUUUGGGGACACCGUUAACACCGCCUCGCGGAUGGAGAGCAGCAGUGAUCCCUGGAAGACGCAGCUUUCAAAGUUCACCGGCGAGAAAGUCCGCCAAGUGGGCUAUAAAGUAGAGUCCCGCGGCACAGUGAAGGUCAAAGGCAAGGGCGAGAUGGAGACUUUCUGGCUGCUGGAGGGUCCAGAGGGUUAGGGAUUGAUAAUAUUUAAUUCAUCUUAAU